AGUACUGCAAGGAUGACGUGUAUUUCGUUGGUCCACUGGAAAACUCCCCGCAUCCAGUGGUGAAAGCCGGCAGUUGGGUCACAUUUAACCUCAAUUUGAACAACUUAAAGAUAAUUUUGUGAAUUUAUAAGCGGCGGGUGACUUCGCAACUGUGUGACAAUGUCCGGAGAAAUUUCUAUGAUCGGUUCGGUCAUCCUGGCCCUGUUCCUGGCCGGCUACCUGGGCCAGCAGUACUUGCCGCCCCCCAAACCCAAAGUGAUCGGCCUGGAUCUGGGCACCACUUUUUGCUCGGUCGGCGUCUUUCAUCCGGGCAGCGGGGACGUGGAGGUGAUCGCGGACGAAGAAGGGAGGAAGAGCAUCCCGAGCGCCGUCUCGUUCACCGCCACCGCGGUGCUGGCCGGACACGAAGCCGUGGACCUGGCCGACAGCAACCCGCAGAACACCGUCUACGAUGGGAAGAGAUUCAUCGGGAAAAUAUUUGAAGCGGAGGUGCUGGAGCAGGAGAGUGCUCGGUACCCGUUUAAGGUGAUUAACAAUAAUGGGAGCGCAGAGUUUCUGCUCUCCACCAACCAUACCUUCACCGUGAGCCCGGAGUUCAUCGCCUCUCGGCUGCUGCUGAAGAUGAGGAAGAUGGCCGAGCGGCGGCUUGACAUGCGCAUCCAGAAAGCCGUCAUCUCGGUGCCGGCCGAGUUCGACGAGAGACAGAGGAAUUUCACCGUCAGGGCCGCCAACCUCGCCGGCCUGGAGAUCCUGCGUGUGAUCAACGAGCCCACGGCUGCAGCCAUGGCCUACGGCCUGCACAAGGUGGACGUGUUCAACGUGCUGGUGGUCGACCUUGGGGGAGGAACCCUGGAUGUUUCUCUGCUCAACAAACAGGGAGGCAUGUUCCUCACCAGAGCCAUGGCAGGGAAUAACAAGCUGGGAGGUCAAGACUUUAGCCAGAGGUUGCUCCAGUACACCAUGGAGCGAGUCCAACAGGAGUUUGGCGUCCCACCCGCUCUCAAAGAGGACAUCCACCGUCUCCGACAGGCCGUGGAAGCCGCUAAGCUCAACCUCACCCUCCAACCCAGCGUCACCAUCCGUGUGCCCUUGAGCCUUCACAUCCACGACAGUUCGGAGUCGGCCCGAGGCGCCGCUCCCGCUCCGGUUCUCUUCCAGGCCGUCAUCACUCGCGAGCUGUUUGAGGAGCUCAACGAGGACCUUUUCGAGAAGAUCCUGGCUCCCGUGGAGACUGUGUUAGCCGAGGGCCGCCUGGACAAAGCAGACGUGGACGAGAUCGUUCUGGUUGGAGGGUCCACCAGGAUACCGCGGAUCAGGAGGCUGAUCAGUGAGUACUUUGGGAAGGACCCAAACACAUCGGUAGACCCUGACCUGGCUGUGGUUACAGGUGUAGCCAUACAGGCCGGCAUCAUGGGGGGCUCCUGGCCUCUACAAGUGAGCGCUAUAGAAAUCCCCAACAGACACCUGCGCAAGACGAACUUUAGCUAAUCUUUAUGAAGGUUAUUUAUUAAGAUAAAAGGGAUGCCUCAGAGACUCGCCACCGAUUCUUCACGGUUUCCUGCAAAAAAUGUUUCUAAAGGAAGAAAAAAGACAACCAAAAGACACCGUCACCAGAAUGAAGACAUCCAAGACUCAGGUUAUUUAACGCAUUUUGCUUUUCUUGACCGCCGGCUGUGGCAGACAAAAUUAGUGAUGAUUUCCGUUUUGAAACCUAACGACAUUCCUUUUGGACGGAUAGCCAAGUGAGCAGCCCUGGUGUCCGUUUUCCACGUCAAGUUGCUUUUGUUGCACGAGAAGCUUCAGUAGAAAAAUAACUGAUGAAAUGUGACCGAAAAGCCUCGAUCACUGAUCCUUUGAUUAUGAUAGAUACUUUAAUGGUGUUUUAAUUCAGGGAACAACCUUUUUUUUUUAAAGGACUUUCAGAGUAGCCAGUACAUCUUCAGCUAUUUAUGUAUUUAUUCCCAUUCAGAGAGUGUAUGUGUGUGUUUUGACGUCUUUCCCUCAAAGGUUGAUACAGUGUACUUGUUCAGAAAGCUGCUGUAUAUUGUUUGAAUCUCAAUGAAGAGGCGAACCACUGCAAGCUAGUGGUUCUAUCCGAGGAGUGUAAAGAUGUAGUUGUGCACAAAAGAUAAUGUCAAACAUUCCCUACAUUGACAACUCGCCUCCAUUAAAAUAAAGAUGACGGUGUAUGUUGGAGAAAGCCUUAAUGUUCACGCCACCCCCCUCCUUUUGAAUGAAAUACCGACUGCAAUAAUUGUCCCUGAGAGGGAAAGAGAAGUGUUGCUUUAAGGACUUCCACUUGUUGGCCAACUUUUUUUUGUGCAAUAGUGUGCUUUAUUUAAAUGACUUACACUCAUAUUUGUGCUGCAGGAAAAUCAUCUUUCCUGCAGAAGGACAUUUUGUUACAUUUAGCUGACGCUUUAAUCCAACGCGGCUUACACCAUAGACCGUACUAUACACCGUAGACACAGCUGUCUUGCUCAAGGACACGUCGACUAGGGCGGGGAUCGAGCCACCGAUCCUCCCGAUUUGAAAGACGGAGCUGCUAACCACUGACCCACAGUCUCCCAAGUGGUUGCUUCCUGCUGCCUUGUGAUAAUCCAGAAAUGUAUUAUCGUCACAUUUAGGAUGUCCAAUGAAAGUUAUCAGGCGCCUUUUUAAUUUAUUUCAUAUUUAUAAUUAGCUCUUUCUUCUGGUAGACUGUAAACUGGUUGUUGUACAUCCAGUAUGAAAGGUGAUUUCCAUUUGUGUCUUUGGGAAACAAAACCCAGAAUAAUGACCAGGUGGUCCAAUAAAAAAACUUUUUUUCCUCAACCAAGAA